AAUUCAAGAACCAGGGGGUCCCAGAGAGAAAGCUGCUACUGACGAUUACCGGAACAGUGCCCUGUACAGCGAGAGGCCUCCCGGAAUGGAUGUCAUCCGCCUCCUCCUGGCUACCCUGCUGGUCUGCCUGUGCUCCCUCACUGCCUACAGCCACCUGGCACCUGAGGAAAAGCCCAGAGAUGAAAGGAGCCUGAGGAGCAACUCUUCCAUGAACCUGUUGGAUUUCCCUUCUGUCUCUAUUGUGGCACAGAACAAGAAAUCCAAAAAGAUCAGCAGAAAAGAAGCGGAAAAAAAGAAAAGAUCUUCCAAGAAAAAGGCUUCGAUGAAGAAGGUGGCACGGCCCCGGCCCCCGCCGCCUGGCCCCUGCGUGGCCACCCGCGACAGCUGCAAGCCGCCGGCGCCCGCCUGCUGCGACCCGUGCGCCUUCUGCCAGUGCCGCUUCUUCCGCAGCGCCUGUUCCUGCCGCGUGCUCAACCCCACCUGCUGA